AUGAACGUCCCGCUGAAGCUGGCAAAGAAAAAUUGUACUGCAAAGUACCUUCCCAAGCGUUACAAAAAACACUCGAGGGACAACAUCAUGGGCAUCACCAAGCCUGCAAUCCGUCGUCUUGCACGCCGCGGAGGAGUAGUGCGCAUGCAAAAGGCCAUAUACGGGACUAUUCGUCAAGUUAUUGUGGCGCGCCUGGAAAAGAUACUUGAACAAAUAGUACACGUCUUGGAGUCGACUGAUUCCCCGGGCAAAGCCCGAAAAACGGUGACAACGCAAGAUGUCAUCUAUGUUCUCAAGCGAUUGGGGACAACGGUGUACGGAUUCGAUGGUCUUUAG